AGAUUGGAUGGAAUCAAAUCUUAUUUCUUUAUCUAAUGGUCUAUUGGAUUAUAAUUAUGAUUCAAAACAAUUAAUGGAUUUUGGAAAAUCUUUGAAAAAACAAAAAAAAUUUAAAUUAUCAAAAGUUGUUCGUUAUAUAACGAAAUCUCUUG